CAUAUGAUACGCGCGCGCGCUAUUUAAUUUUUUUUUGCUCUUCGUUUUCGUGAUUCAAUUUUGAAUUUCGUCAUUCAUGUCCUCUUGAUGCACCCGAUUUCCAAAAGAAAAAUAGGAAACGAGUUUACGAAGAGGGUGUACAAUGAGUAUCAAGGAGGUCUCAUGACCGGUUUAUUCUGCAGAUGCUAGAGCUACAGUAGGUCUGCAGCUGCAUCGCCUUCUGACUUGGGUAAUCGUCUUCUAGGAGCAAGAUGGGUAAACCAACAAAGACAAGACAACCCUCAAAGGGGGACAGUCAGUCUAAACAUGGACAUCAAUCUUCAUUGGAUUCUUUCUUCAGAAAGAAAUCAGAGCUGCCAUCCCCUCUUUUCACCCAGGUCAUUUCAACUUCUCAGAAAAGUUUGAAGAAGCAGAAAGACGGUAUAUCAUCUCGGAAGCCUGCCCCCAGUACCACUGCCAAGGUAUUCAAACAACAGCCUGCCUCGUCACUGCCUUGGACAGACCAGCACGAUGUAUUAGUAAUACCAGCUACCCCAGACUCUAUGCAGCCAAGUCCCGUGGAUCGUUUCCAUUCGCCACCCAAGGUCAACAAUCCAGAUACGACCGAUUCUCCAUUCUCACAGGCAAUCAUUCCAGACACACCAGAGAAUGUAUUACCCAAGAAGAGGCCUUUUACCAGUCUCCUGAACCACAGCAGGGAUGUCUCAAGUGGUACCUUCAAGCAAGAUGAUGGCGGCAAGAAGGAUUCGUCAAACAAAGUAAAAUUUGGAAAAGACGUCGGGAGAGUUCUUGUACCUUUACUACGUGCUACUAAUUCAGAAGUACCAAAGAUGAAGGUGACUUUAAAAGGCUCAGUGGUCAACAAAGAUGAGAAGGUUGAUAAAGAUUGCUCAAAAGUUGAAAAGAAAUCAAAUUCUUUCGGAGUAGAGAAUGUGAUUGCUAGUAACCCAAAAGAUGGUCAACCAAAACAGACCAAAAAACUGAGCAGGCUGUCAAGAAAGGGCAACAAGUUAGUAAAAUUGAACAAGGAGGUUGCACAGAAACCCGCAAGUUUGUUUGAAAAUGAGGGUUCCAAGGUGGCAGAGAUGGAAGGACAAAGUGCAAAACUUCUACAGGAGUGUCAAGAUAGCAGGAUUGAGAUCAAACCAGCUGUGUGUAGGGUAAGGAACUCCUCUAAGAAGAAUGCCUCAAGGUUGAGUUUAUCCAAGAAAGUCCAGAAGGACUUGUUGGAGACGAGCAUCAGAGCUGUCAAGCGAUCACCAAGCAGAGGAAACUCCCCCUACUCCAAGCGAUUCCAGGAUUCCGAAGAUAUCCCGGAUGAAACAGAGCCUAGUAAUGGUAAUGAUGGAAUAGAGAGGGUUAGGAAAUCUCUCCUCCACGAGUAUGGCAGUGACAGUGGUUCAAUCAAAGAAAUGCCAGCCUGUCCUGAGGAAACUGAUCAUGCAGCCAGUGUGACAGAUGCUCUGAAACAUAAUUCAAAAGAUACAGGCAUCAUAUUGAUGUCAUCUGGAGAUGUUGAGUCAAACUGUAAUGGAGAUUCAGCUGACCACUUGACAAGUUCGGAUCAGUCGCUGUUUAGUAACAGUAACGAUGCGAUGCAAUCGGAACAUGCAAGCUCCAUUGCGGAAGGAUCUUCAGGUAGUCUUCCACUGUUGGAGAAGGUCUCUUCUCCAGAAAAAGAAACAGUUCACUUCAAAGAAUCCAUGGUAAACAGAGAAGGGGCAGAGCUAGAGGAGUUUGUCUCCGUCAUACCAGAUUCCUGCCCAACACCAAGUGCAAGACAACAGGACAUUCUCCUCAUUCCAGAUACCUGCCCUCUUGUAGAGGACACACCAGAAAAGAAAACCCCUCAGGAUCCAAGUUCUCCUGUCCAUCGGAUAUUAAGUUUAGGAACAUCAAGUAAGGAAAUGUCAGCUUCUCAGGAAUUUGAACACAAAGUGCAAUCUAAAACAAACACUGCAAACGAAAAUGAGAUUUCUUUAACUUCAGGGCAUCAAAGUAUUCUACAGGAGAGAAGAGCAUUUGGAGGAGAAAAUGAGAAGGACAAAUCAGGGGAAUCCCUGCAUAAACCCAUUAAGGGUGAUUCUAGAGAUACUAGAGAUACAAUGGCCUUGAGGUCGAGGAAAUCCAAGGAAAGUAGCGGGUCCAAGCUUGAAGAGAGUCCAGAUGACCAAGCAAUGGAUGAGACAGCGCUGCAAGGUAUUGAAAUCGACAUUGUGCAAGACACUCCUUUAAUCACUGCUUCAAAAGACUUCAGUACUCCAGGAAAAGCUCAACAUGAAAGCAUGGAUCAUGAAACCAAUGUGACAAGUCCAGGAACAGCUGCUCUGUUGGAAGGAUUAGACGACUCAUUUCUGGAUGAUAUCAAUCUGGAUGAACUGAAUGACAUGCAAGAUGGCAAGAUGAAAGAAGUUUCCAUCUCCAAUAUUGACAAGAAGUUUGGCGAGAUGUCACCUUUCAAGAAGAAACCUGCAGCGGGCAGCAAGCUCAACCAGCCUCAUGCGGACCUUUGCCGUUACCUAGUGACAGGUGUUCAGGACAGCAACAAUGAGAAGAAGAUGAGUGUUAGGAGUAUGUCAGAUCAAAGAGACAAGAUCUGUAUCCUCAAAGACACUUGGCAAGGAACACUUGUUGAGGAAGGCAUGGUAGUUGCAAUCCAUGGGACGUUCGGUGCUGAUGGUGUCUGUGAGCUUAACAACCAAUCUGGCUACCUUGUUGUCAAUCCGGAUCAUCUACUCACUGGGACUGCGGUGUCAAACAGCAUCAGGUGUAUGAGAAGAUCUGUUUUGAGUGAACAUUUCAAGGGCUUAGAGAGAGGAAAUCGUGCCAUGCUCCUCGGUUCACUUCUUCAUGAAGUCUUUGACCAGGCCAUUUUAAAGAAAGAGUUUCAGAAAGCUCAACUGAUGCGGAUUGCCAGUGAUAUACUUAAGCAGCCAGCUUUCCUCUGUGACAUGUACUCGUUGAAGGUGGAUGAGGAUAAUCUCCUGGAGGAGGUAGGGGAGUAUGCAGAUACUAUCAAGAGAUGGAGUGAUACCUAUCUAGGAUCAAACCCUAGAGGCAGUGUUGACAUCAAAUGGCCUGGCUCCUUCAAGCCUGAGAACUGUGGCGUGAGUGUUAGCAAGGUGACCGACAUUGAGGAGUCUAUCUGGUCGCCAAGAUGGGGUGUGAAGGGCAAGGUUGACCUCACAGUUGAGGUCAAGAUCCACAGACCAUCCCGCUCUCAGCCUGGUCAGCAUGCUAAUAUGCCGCUAGAGCUGAAGACAGGGAAGGAGACCAACUCCAUUGAGCAUCGAAGCCAGUUGAUCCUGUACAGUCUAAUGUUGGGUGACCUCCAGCCAACCUCUGACCUGGGCUUCCUUCUAUACAUCAAGACAUCAGCCAUGAAAGCUGUUCCUGCCAACCACCUUGAUAAGAGAGAACUCAUUCACCUGCGGAACCAGCUGGCUUACUACCUCUCCCGGACCGCCAGGUCGACAACCACACCCACCGCCCCCUCCUCGGCUGACUGGCCCUCUCAGACCAAACCCUCUCUCAUCCCACCCAUUCUCCCGGAACCCAUCCGAGAUGAUUUCAGCUGUAAACGAUGUGCCCAUCUGCAAGCCUGUAGCAGCCUACACAAAUUGGAAGGCUCCUCUACCCAGCUAGCUUCAUCUGUACAAGAGCUCUUCACUGAAAGCAUUGAGCAUCUACCAGACUCACACCUCCAGUACUUUGCUCACUGGUAUCUCUUGUGCUGCCUGGAACAUGAGGCCACAAAGAAGAGGAAUAAAAGUAAAAACAUCUGGUGCAAGGAGUCUACUGAAAGAGAGAAGGAUGGAGAGUGCUGGAGUCAUAUGGAGUUCAUGAGUGCUACACCAAAAGACCAACAGAGUGGAGGAUUUACACUGAUCUUCAGAAGAAAACAAGGAAAAAAAGGAUUUUCAGAGGCCAGCCUAGAUAAAUGCUUCAUGAAGGGAGGAGAUAGAGUGGUUAUCAGUGAAGAAGGAAGUAGGAGAGUCGCUAUCUGUGUUGGGUUCAUUGACACGAUCAGUAAAACAGAUAUCAAGAUCAGCUCAGACAGCCAACCGAAGAAAGAUGGUGGAGGAAACCCUGUGUAUCGUAUCGACAAGGAUGAUAGCUACAACAGCAUGGCAGCUAGUCUAGUCAAUCUCACCAAGCUCAUGAAACCAGAACAUAACAAGUUACGUAAUAUCGUGAUUGAUAAACGGGCCACGACCUCCGUCCAGAAACCCAACUUGCCGGCCCGUGCCAGAGGUCAGGUAGCAACGAUCAUGAGGGACUUGAACGAGGACCAACGUGCUGCAAUCAAGGCUGUGCUUCGAAGCCAGGACUACACAGUCAUCAUCGGCAUGCCUGGUACAGGUAAAACAACGACCAUCGUCGCCCUGGUGAGGAUCCUCGUAGCUUGUGGCAUGUCUGUUCUUCUAACCAGCUACACUCACUCAGCAGUGGAUAAUAUCUUACUCAAACUCCUCAAGUACAAAAUUGACAUUCUACGUCUUGGGGCCCAGCACAACAUCCAUCCCGAAUUAAGAGAGUUCUCUGAUAGCAAGCUGAUGAAGGAAGCAUCAGGUGUAUCACAGCUAGCAAUGCAGAUGGAGAGAAAGAAAGUGGUUGCCACCACCAGCCUGGGGAUGAAGCAUGCUCUCUUAACCCGGCACAGCUUUGAUGUCUGCAUUGUAGACGAGGCUUCUCAAAUCAGUCAGCCGGUCUGUCUAGGACCACUCUUCUCUGCUUCUAAGUUUGUUCUGGUCGGAGACCAGUGCCAGCUUCCACCUCUAGUCCAGAGCUCCAGAGCCAGGGAUCUGGGUAUGGAUGAAAGCCUCUUCCAGAGACUGGUGUCUGCUCACACCUCAAGUGUUACAAGCCUAAGUCUUCAAUUCAGGAUGCACAGUGAGAUCAUGUCUAUUUCCAAUCACAUGGUGUAUGAUGGAGCCAUGAGAUGUGGCAAUGAUGAAGUUGCCAAGGCAACCAUCUCUUUGCCAAACUGGGAUGCAUGGUGUAAGGAAUCCUGUGCAGACGCUUGGUUGGAAGAUGCAGUGAAUCCUUCAACAGUAGUGUCUUUCCUCAACACCGAUCAAGCCUGGAGUCCAACCGAUGCAGCCUCUCCAAGCAACACCAACAGACUCGAAGCAAUCCUGGUCAGGAGAAUCGUAGAGAGCCUCAUGCAAGCUGGUUGCACUGCUGCUCAGAUUGGGGUCAUCUCACCGUACCGCAGACAGUGUCAACUACUCACCUCCACUCUUGCUGACUUAGGUUCAAAGGUCAAGUCACUGGAGGUCAACACAGUGGACAAGUAUCAAGGUCGUGACAAGGAUGUCAUUGUAAUGUCUUUCUCUCACAGCCAGACCGAUUCACAGGGUGGAUCUAUUCUGAAUGAUCUCCGUCGUCUAAACGUUGCCAUGACGAGGGCCAAACACAAGCUGCUUCUGAUCGGUAGCCUCAAGUGCCUCUCACAGUUUGACCCCGUCCAGAAACUCAUCAGUUUCUUGCAACAAAAUCAACUUGUCAGAAAUCUUCCACAUGAUGCCGUAAAGCAGACGGCCUCCUGAGACUCCUGAGCUUCCAACUCUUUGGAGGUAGAUGGUACAUCGGGAAUAGCUCAGGCAAGCAAGUGAUAGAUGCAGACCUCUGUCAUAUUACUCUAUGUAAAAUGGGGUCUAUGUAUGCACAUAUCCUAUUGGGUACAAUUUCAUCCUGUGACAUUUGAUACUUUUUUUUCACUGAUCAAUAUCUGUGAUGGCUGUGCACAGCACAUAUCGAGAUUGUCCUUCAUUCCCAUUGCUGCAUGCCUUGGAUUCGGGAGGGAACCAAGACAUAUUCGAGAGGAACCACUCAAGAGGAAGGAGAUAGCCAAUACAUAUACAGUCAAACCUGCUUUAGUGACCACCUGUCUACAAAGACCACCUGUCUACAAAGACCACCCUUCUACAAAGACCACCUGUCUACAAAGACC